CUGGUCGCUGAGCUACCAUCUCCACCUCAGCCUGAGCCCACACAAACGCAGACCGAAACCUUACUCGAGGUCCAAGAGGUCGCUGCCUCUGAUGAUACUAGCUCUAAGCCAGUUCCUGAGGCAAACAAGAGAGAUAAGGCAGAAUCACAAACUGCUUUUUGCGAUGAACUUCAUCACGAACUGAUCAUUUGUUCAGAGGAACAAGUCAAGAUCUUUCUUCUGCCUUCAUUGCGAGCAAAGUGCAAAUAUAAGUUGAUUUCUCCCAGUCCAACUGGUUGGCAGAGGCGGCAUGUGACCAAAGAUGACAAGCGCGAGCCCGUUGAUGAGAAGGAAUGUGUUCCUGAGCCAGUCAAAGAGUCUUUAAGUAGCGAAACUGCUAUGGUUGAUGCUGCGGCGGAUGCAGAAGAGAAUUUGACAGAAAAGGUCGAGCCAACAACUACUUUGAUUGCUACUGUGUCUGCUCGACGCGAUCGCCGUGUCAGCUCAUUUGGUCUCCAAUCGUUUCUCCAGCAUCAUGUUCAAGGCAACGCCGACCCAUCUUCGGUCACUGCCGAAUGGAGCAUCGUUCUUACUUUGACCGACGGGCACGUAAUUAUUCUUUCGAUCCCACAUUUGCGACGCCAGCUUAAGGGUAUGACUUGA